CCCCUUUCUCUAAGUUUCACUAGUCCUUUAAAAUUCCUCUCUUUCCUUGACUUUGCCGUAUUUCCCCUUCGCUUCGCUCCAUCGCAGCCAUGUCGGAGAUCGUGCUCGUGGCAUGGCAGCGUUACCUUCGGCAACUACAACUCCAUCCCCUCAGAACGAAGGCCAUCACUUCAGGGAUCUUGGCCGGGUGUAGCGACGCGAUCGCGCAGAAGAUAUCCGGGGUCAAGAAGCUCCAGUUGAGAAGGUUGCUUCUCCUCAUGCUCUAUGGUUUUAUCUAUGCUGGACCUUUCGGCCACUUCCUCCACAAACUUAUGGAAAAAAUUUUUAAGGGAAAGAAAGGAAAUGAAACUGUUGCCAAAAAGGUAAUUUUGGAACAACUAACGUCCUCACCGUGGAAUAACAUGUUUUUUAUGGCAUACUAUGGAUUAGUUGUUGAAGGAAGGUCAUUUAGCCUAGUGAGCAAGAAAAUAAGGAAUGAUUACCCAUCCAUCCAAUUGACUGCAUGGAAGUUUUGGCCAAUAGUUGGGUGGAUAAACUAUCAGUACAUGCCUCUCCAGCUACGCGUCCUGUUCCACAGCUUUGUUGCUUCCUGCUGGGGUGUUUUUCUGAACCUAAAAGCACGAUCAGCUGCUACUGUAAAGAAGGCAUAAAAUUGGAUCAGAAGGUCGACUUCUUGUUUACAACUUAAUUUUCUAUCUAUUGUAGAAUUAUAAUAGCUUGUGUUAUGUCUAAGCUAAGGUAAUCUUCCUUUAACCUUGAUUGAAAAUUGGGUUUGAGUUGGAUGAACUCCGGUCGACUAAUGGUUGAGUGGAGUUUAGUUCCCGAACAGGAUUCAAACAACUGAUGCGACUCGCUAUAUCUUCAGGUGGUUCAGUCAAGCUAAACUCCACUAAGCUAUAAUUCGAUCAAACUCCAACUUAGACUCAUUUAGCUUCAUCCUUGGUCGGGGCUAUUAGUAUUUGAUAUUGUAUUCGAUCUUUAUAUCAUGUGGAUUCUCAUUUUGUUUUCUCAUAUUCAAUCAUUAUAAAAUUAUUUGCAGCUAA